CGUUCGGCUUCCGACUUCCUCCUCCCUUUGAAGAGCAAGUCAGAGCUGCUGCAGCAAUGGCAAAGCUAAUUUUGCUUUGGCUUAAGUGUGUCAUAUUAUACAAUGCUGUCGAUGCUGUGUUUGAGGACCAAGUAGGAAAAUUUGAUUGGAGGCAGCAGUAUGUAGGCAAGGUUCGUUUUUCUCAUUUUGACACACAUGUGCAGUCAUCCAAAAAGGUUCUUGUAGCAACAGAGAAUAAUGUUUUUGCCGCACUCAAUACAAGGACCGGGGAACUCUUCUGGCGACAUGUUGAUAAGUCUGGACCCGAAGGAAACAUUGAUGCUCUUUUGCACCAUGGACAAGAUGCGAUCCUAGUGGUUGGCAAUGGCCGCCUGCUGCGAUCCUGGGAUGUCAAUGUUGGUGGUUUGAACUGGGAAAUUGUGCUCGACUCUGGAAGUUUCCAGAAAGCAUGUCUAGUGGGACAGCAAGGCACAGUGAAACAUGUGGCUGUUUUGAAAAAAAACAUUAUCUCUCUCCAUUACCUUUCUAAUGGCCAUCAAAAAUGGAUAGAAAAUCUACCAGAAAGUGAGACUGUGGAUUACCAGACUGUUUAUUCUGGAGGAAAUGGUGAAGUUUAUGCUUUGGGAAUUGUUCCCCGUUCCCACAUUGUUAUUAUUGCUUACAGCACUGAUGAUGGAGAGAUAAUCAAGCAGAUCUCAGUUGAAGCUCCGUGGCUGUCCAAUAUAGUGGCCAGCUGUGCAGUGAUUGGUCAGGGGGUGCUGAUUUGUGUAGACUCUGCAACUCCAUCGCUGUACAUGUACGACUUAAAACCAAAUAUGGAUGAUUUACAGAUGACCCAGAUCCCCCUGCAGUCACUGGGACUUGAAGUAGCUCCAGACUUUCAACCGCUCCUGGUGUCUCACCAGCCCAACUCAGCCCAUCAGCCUCUGUCUGAGUUCUUCCUUCAGCUCGGCCCUGAUAACUUCCUGCUUCUCCAGUUCAACAAUGGUCAGAUAGUUACACUCAGGGAUUUCAAGCCAGCCUUGCUGGUUUCCUUUGCAACUACUGGAGAGAAGACCAUUGCUGCUGUUAUGUCCCCCAAGAAUAAAACUGCUUGCAGUAUUAACCUCUUUAGUGCUGAAACUGGACGAAGACUUCUAGACACAACACUGAUUUUCGUUAUGGAUCCUAACGGUGGCAAACCAGAGAAAAUCUACAUACAGCCAUUCUUGAAAAAAGAUGACUCUGUAGGCUACAGGGCCAUGGUGCAAACAGAGGACCACACACUCACUUUCAUACAACAGCCAGGGCGUGUGAUGUGGACUAGAGAGGAGGCCUUGUCAGAUGUGGUGACAAUGGAAAUGGUGGAUCUGCCCCUCACUGGAACGCAGGCUGAGCUGGAGGGAGAGUUCGGCAAAAAGGCCGAUGGGCUGAUGUCUAUGGUGUUCAAGAGGCUGUCCUCUCAGCUCAUCUUGCUGCAGGCCUGGAUCUCUCACCUCUGGAAGCUGUUCUAUGACGCACGCAAGCCUCGUAGUCAAGUUAAAAAUGAGGUCACCAUCGAAAACCUGUCCAGAGAUGAGUUCAACUUGCAGAAGAUGAUGGUUAUGGUCACUGCAUCUGGAAAACUCUUUGGGAUUGACAGUAAGACUGGCAGUAUUUUAUGGAGGCACUACCUCGAUGAUGUCCCAUCGAAUGCGGUGUUCAAACUGAUGGUACAGCGAACGACAGCGCACUUCCCUCAUCCUCCGCAGUGCACUUUGCUCAUCAAAGAUAAGGACACAGGGCUCACCACACUGCAUGUGUUUAACCCCAUCUUUGGAAAGAAGAGUCAUGUGACUCCACCUGCUCUACCUCAGCCAAUACUUCAGUCACUCCUGCUGCCACUCAUGGACCAGGAUUAUGCUAAAGUUUUGCUUCUAGUUGAUGAUCAGUACAAGGUUUCUGCAUUUCCUUCUACGAAGAACGUACUGCAGCAACUCCAGGAAAUGGCCUCAUCCAUAUUCUUUUAUCUUGUUGACUCCAGCCAGGGAAGACUUUCUGGUUACAGACUUAGGACGGACUUGUCCACUGAGCAGAUCUGGGAAGUUGUCAUUCCAAUGGAGAUACAAAGGAUUGUCUCUGUCAAAGGGAAAAGGCCUAAUGAGCAUGUCCACUCGCAAGGAAGAGUAAUGGGAGACCGCAGUGUUCUCUAUAAGUACCUGAACCCCAAUCUACUGGCUGUAGUGACUGAGAGCACAGACACGCAUCAGGAGCGCAGCUUUGUCGGGAUCAUCCUGAUUGACGGUGUGACCGGCCGCAUCAUCCACGAGGCUGUUCAGAGAAAAGCCAGAGGACCGGUGCAUAUUGUGCACUCUGAAAACUGGGUGGUGUAUGAAUACUGGAGCACCAAGUCACGUAGGAACGAGUUCUCUGUAAUUGAACUGUAUGAAGGAAUGGAGCUCUACAACAGCACCGUGUUCAGCUCGCUGGAUCGGCCACACGCUCCUCAGGUUCUCCAGCAGUCUUACAUUUUCCCCUCUGCCAUUUCUACCAUGGAGGCCACGCUGACUGAAAAGGGCAUCACCAGCCGCCAUCUGCUCAUUGGCUUGCCGUCUGGAGGGAUUUUGUCAUUACCAAAGAUGUUCCUCGACCCACGAAGGCCAGAAAUAGUAUCUGAACAAAGCCGUGAGGAGAACCUGAUACCCUAUGCUCCAGAGCUAAUGAUCCGUACAGAGUGGUUUAUCAACUACAAUCAGAGUAUAUCAAGAGUGCGAGGUAUUCACACUUCCCCGUCUGGACUGGAGUCAACCUGCCUGGUUGUGGCAUAUGGUCUUGACAUCUACCAGACACGUGUGUAUCCCUCGAAGCAGUUCGACGUACUAAAAGAUGACUACGACUACAUGCUGAUCAGUAGCGUGCUUCUUGCCCUUUUCUUUGCCACCAUGAUCAGUAAACGCCUGGCAGAAGUCAAACUGCUCAACCGGGCUUGGCGGUAAGGCAACGGUUAAAAUCCUACAUCUGCCAGCUCUGUGGCUGCACGAAGGACCUCGGCUCCAAGAGAUGAGACCGCUGAGGCCGUGCCUGUCCAAGAACACAGGUCAAAGUUCAAUAAGGCCCAUAAGGAACUGCAGGGGUGAGGGGACAGUGGGGAGGGGGUGAAAUGAGGGGUUAGUAAAAGUUUUUGUGUUUAUUUUUUAACUUAUUUUGCAAAAAUGAAUUAUUUCAUAGUAGAAUAAUUGUUCUUUUGUGAAAUGUCAUUUUCGAUUAAAUGUUUAACACAUAGCUAAUUAUGAACCGAUAAAACCGGCCGAUUUAUUAAACUGUGGAGCUUGAAAACUUCUGCUCAUGUGAAAGUUAUUUUAGUUUUCCUGGGCUUUUUUUGUUUUGGUUUUUUGAGACAUUUCUGCAUCACUGGACUGAUCUAAUAUAAAGCGAUAACAAAUGUGGAGCUGAGGGAAUAGUCAGGAGAAAUGCGUGAAUGUGAGCAUGAACUCAAACAGUACCAUAGUGGAAUGGUUUGUUGUUUUUUUUAGCCUGCUGAAUCACCUUGAUACUCCAGUCCCAUUUGGAUUGUUGGCAAAUGAGCUGUGAAUAUGAGCUGUGAGGUGAUAAUGUAGCAUGUACAAGAAAUGGUUUUUUUGAGAUGUCUGAAAACCACCAAAUGAACUGUUACACUGUUGCCACCAUCACAUGAUGAACCAAGGGAAUGGGAAGAGACAGUAGCCUUUCUUUUAUGUACAUCCCUCAUCUUGUAGCUCAUACUUUUAUGAGAAAUUUUCCACACAGCUACUGUUGAUGCUCCAUUAAAAUUUCUCCCAAAACUC